UUAGCUUUGAGAAUUGAGGUUCCAACUUGUGAAUAUAAACAAACAGCUGAAAAUAGGGGAUGAAACCUCAUCAGAUGAAGUAUUAAGUCACACGGAGUCGCUGGGUCCAUGUUUGUACAGUCAGAGAAUUCUGUUCGCUCUCUCCAUGAAUCUGUAAGCAGAUGUCAAAAUCUCCAGGUUCCAUGUGUCAGUGAAGUCAUAAAAGUCCAGCUGCUGCAAGGAUCAUCCAUUCUAAACGUGAACUGAGGAGUAUUACCUGAACUCUGACUGACAAGUGUUACCCACUCUUUCCAUGAUUCGUGGCUGCAAGAUUCAGGAUAUGGACAGAAAGGUGGAGAAAACCUUCAAAGAGAAAAUCAUCCUGAAGAGCUCGUUGGCCAAAGAAACAGUUGCAGAAUUCCUGGGGACAUUUAUGAUGGUUGUCCUUGGAUGUGGUUCUGUGGCCCAAGCCGUCCUCAGUCGAGGGACAGCAGGUGGAACGAUAACCGCAAAUGUUGGCUUUGCGCUGGCUGUCGGAAUGGCUGUUUAUGUGACAGGAGGCAUCUCGGGUGGUCACAUUAACCCAGCAGUGUCCUUUGCUAUGUGUCUCUAUGGACGGAUGAAUUGGUUCAGAUUCCCUUUCUAUGUGGGGGCCCAGUUCCUGGGGGCUUUUCUAGGGGCUGCAACCCUCUUUGGAAUUUACUAUGAUGCACUUCAGAGCUUUGCUGAUGGAAAACUGCUCGUCACAGGAGAAAAUGCAACAGCACAGAUAUUUGCAACAUAUCCAAUUAAAUACCUGACUUUACCAAAUGAAUUUGCAGACCAGGUGCUGUCUUCCACAUUCCUUCUUGUGGUCGUCUUUGCCAUUUUUGAUGACAAAAACUGGAGGGUCCCCAGGGGCCUAGAACCAAUUGUCAUUGGCCUACUGAUCCUUGUCCUUUCUUCCUCAUUGGGAUUGAACAGUGGUUGUGCCAUGAACCCUGCUAGAGACCUGGGCCCCAGAAUAUUCACAGCUCUGGCAGGUUGGGGGCUUGAAGUCUUCACAGCUGGAAGUCAUUUCUGGUGGAUCCCAGUAGUGGGGCCUUUCCUUGGUGGAGCCUUAGGAGGCUUCAUCUAUAUUUACGGCAUUGAAAUCCACCAUGCACAGCCAGAAUCAGAUGAAAAGACAGAACAAGUAGAGGAGAAACAUGAACUCAGUGUGAUAAUGUAAUAGCAUGUUCCACCCUGGGUUGUGCAUUUGAUUGCAGCCAAGGGUCUGUAACUAUGUAUAUUCACUAAAAGUAUACAUUUGAUGAAGUUGUAAGACUGAAAGCUAGGGGAAAAUCCACUUACUUGUACUGGACCCAUUGGGAUAAAUACUCCACUGAAAAGCAGUAUAACUAAGGAAGAAAUUGGGUGGAGGCUGCUACCUUUGGCUCUGCAGUUUGGGUGUUCACCUAGGAAAGCACUUGAGAUGGAAUCUUCUGAUGGAGUAGAACUUUCCACCCCCCCUUCUGGUUUCAUCCCUGUGAUGUUAGUCCUUUGGGGUAGGAUACUUGAUUACUGACAUGCUCACCUGGAUUUAUCCCAGCUGCAUUAUCUGUAAAGAAAUAUUUCAUUCAGUGCCAUCGUGUACCAGGCUUUUUAACAUGUGAGUCCCAAAGUGUGUAUAUUCAAAGACUUACAGUUGUCUCAGUUAACUUACCUAUGACUGGAAGCUUAUAGAACUUAAGGUUCUAGCCGGCUGUCAAUUAUACUGCUAGCAUAUGUUCACUGGUGAAAUCAUGCAUCUUGAAAAUGCUUUUGCCAAAAAAAACCCUGAAAAUGUCUUUCAAAAGAAAAUAUAAACUAUGCUCAUGGUUCCUUAAAUCAGUCAUGAGGGGAAAAGAAGCACUGACCCAUGUAUCCAGGUCUUUAAUAAAUCAGAGGAAGACUGAAUAGGAAUCAUGACUUUGAACUACUGCAAAAAGUUGCCAUCUUCCACCUCUCUUUUCUAUUCCCAAUGUGUUCGUUUCCCAUGAUGCUCUGUAUUCACUGAGGGUGCUCCAAGACACUAAUCCAAAGCUGCUAGAUUCUGAUAAAUCAACUGAGCAACCAGUGGCUGUGCCAUGGAACAGAUUAAGCGUUUGGUCACUUCUGGCCUACUUUUCUAGAUGGCUGACUACAAUGGUCAGCAUUUUGUCUUGUAAAGAUCUGGUAGGCAGUUGUGUUUUGCAUGCCACCUUAUAGAGAAAAAAGUACCCAAGAAAGAAGAUCAUGCCAUUGGAUUCUAUCAUGGGGGUUGUAUAAAUUUUGGAGGCCCAAAUGGAAUUUUUGUAGCAGUAGUAUUUGAAAAUUGGGUUAAUCCCCUUUACAGCAGUGCUAUCAAACUCAAAUAGAAUAUGGAUUUGUGCAGGCCACGUAAUGUCUUAAAAAACACAAGUUAACACCA